CGUUACAGCUGACAGCAAGUCGCUGGUAGGGAAGUACUGUACAAGGAAGAAGUGCAAGGUUAGUGAAGCCUCGUGUUAGUGGUUUGAGCUGGGAACGCAUCUGCUAAAAACACAGAUCUAAUAGUCAGCCAUGACUGUUUCAAAAUGUCUUCCAAUCCUGAGCCAUUUUGCCUGUGGAUAUUCAUUGAAAACAGGAACAAUUUUUACAGGAUGGCUUAGCUUGGUUGAAGAUGUGUUGGAGUUGGUGAUUUCUGUUGUAUACUUCCUUACCUAUGGCAAAGAAAUUCCUGACUGGCAGUUGUUGCUUGUUAGUGCAGUUGGUGGAAGUGUCAUAAGUGCAAGUGUUCAUGGACUGCUUUUAUAUGGAGCCUACAAAACAAAGCCUUCAUUUUUGGUGCCAUACCUGAUACUGGGCGUACUAAGCAUCAUAUCAGGUUCUGUUACUAUAAUUGUUUUUGGUGUAUAUGCUUUCUUAUAUGACCUGGAAAUUGGAAUUUCCGUCCUUCUUACUGGUGGACUGACAGUCGUACUCUUGGUCUACUUGUGGCUGGUUGUCUACAGUUACUACCAACAACUUCAAAAGUGCUUACUUCCCCAGCGUCAAGGCACCAUAGAAACUGUUCUCACUGUGGCAGAAAAUGAUGGUGAUUACAUGGCACAUCACAAGUUUCUGUCUCAUGAAAAAUUUGAUGGUUCAAUCUCAGCUGUUACUUCAUAGAGAGCAACUGAUCAUAAAAAUAAAGUAUUGUCCCUGAAACUUUCAAUGCCUGAUCACUGCUAAAAGUUAAAAAGAGUUUACCAAGAUAAUUCUGAAAAUGUUACUGAAAUAAUGUGAAAAUUACACAUUUUUAGAUAUGAAAGGACUAGUCAAAUGAUAAUUACACAUUUUUAAAAAUGAUAGGACUAGUCAUAUGGCCUUUACUAAUGUUUUAUGAAAACUGAACUAGUGUUUACUGAUGAUACAUUUUAGAUGCAUGAAUAUUUUUUUGUAUAAAAAUUUGAUUGGCUUACUAGCUGGUGAAUCAGCAGUAAGGGAGCUAGUAGUUUAGCUCAGAAACUGUUAACAUAAUUCACUUUUAUUUGGGAAAUAUCCAGCUUUAAUCACAGUUGAAACCAACUGUCCUGCCUUGAAAUGAGGGACAACAAAUUUCUAUCUUGUCCUUUACAAUAUACCACAUUUAAUCAUCCCUUUAUCUCCUUUUACACUAUAUAAUAGUGGAAAACGAUUGUGCAUCAUUAAAUAAUCAUGAAGUAACCAGCAAACAAGCAUAUAUUUUCAGCAGCAUAUUAGAAAAUGUCAGAUUAUUACAAUAAUGGAUUUUGCAGCAUGUGAUUGUAAAGGAGCAUCCACAUUACUUGUGCUCGUGUGACUCACUAUGCUCGCGAGUAAUGUGGACGAUAUGACAAGUCACGAGACAAGCAAA